ACUUUUGAUUUUGUAAAACUCCAAUGCAAAAAGAUCGUCGUCCUCGAUCCCCUUUGAAAAGGUGAAGAACCCAAUGCAUGAAUCAAAUCCCUUCUCUCCUUCUCGCGUAUGGUUUGCGAUUUGACUUAUCUUGAAGAUUUUCUUGAUUGUCUAACUCCAAUUUCAUCCGUUUUCCCUUGCAUCUUAAAUGACGAUCUAAUACAAUGUCGAUAUGAUACAAUCGAAUUCAAUUUGAAUGACUCCGGUGAAACGAUGUCAUCGGCGAUAUGAUACAAAUUUUCAACAUGUCGAUUCUCUUGAUCCUCUGCCAGCUAGCUUCAGCUUCUCAAAUGGAAUCAGUUGAACGUCGUCGUCUUUGCAUCGUUUAAGUACCAAAGCAAUACAGAACACUCUUCGGGAAGAUUUUAAGGCGAAAGCUGUAGGAAGCCAAUCCAUGGAGUCCGGAGAACUUGAGGGUGGCAGGGAGGUUCGAGAAGUCUUCGCAAAUGGCAUUUGCAUGAAAACAGCCGAAGUUGAAGCGAAGCUUGAUGAGGGAAAUAUUCAAGAGGCAGAAUCUUCGUUACGGGAAGGCUUAUCGCUCAAUUAUGAGGAAGCAAGAGCUCUUCUUGGGAAGUUGGAGUAUCAAAGAGGUAAUGUAGAAGGAGCUCUGCGUGUGUUUGAGGGCAUUGAUCUCCAAGCUGCCAUACAGCGAUUGCAACCUUCCAUUGCUGAAAAAGUACCUUCCAGGAAGGGUCGAUCUCGCACUGAAUCAAUGCAUGCAGUCUCACAGCAUGCUGCUAGUGUGGUGCUUGAAGCCAUAUACUUAAAAGCCAAGUCUCUUCAAAAGUUGGGGCAUUUAAGUGAGGCUGCUCAUGAAUGUAAAAGUGUGCUUGAUGCUGUAGAGAGGAUAUUCUACCAAGGCAUUCCUGAUGCUCAAGUGGAGAGUAAAUUGCAAGAGACAGUCAGCCAAGCUGUAGAGCUCCUUCCAGAACUCUGGAAGCAAGCUGGUUGCUAUCAUGAAGCAAUUUCUGCUUAUAGACGUGCCCUCCUUAGUCAAUGGAACCUUGAUAAUGAUUGCUGCACUAGAAUUCAGAAAGGCUUUGCAUUGUUUUUGCUGUACGGUGGAGUGGAGGCUGGUCCACCCAGUUUAGCUGUCCAGAUUGAUAGUUCGUACGUACCUAAAAAUAAUCUAGAGGAGGCAAUCCUACUUUUGAUGAUUCUACUGAGGAAAUUUAUCCUUGGUAAGACUCAAUGGGAUCCAUCUGUGAUGGAGCACCUAACUUUUGCUCUAUCUCUAUGCUGCCAAACGCCUGUUUUGGCUAAGCAACUUGAAGAGAUAAUGCCUGGGGUAUAUCAUCGGGUCGACCUUUGGAAUUCGUUAGCUCUUUGCUACAGUGGUGCUGGACAAGACAAGGUUGCACUGAACUUACUGAGAAAAUCUUUACAUAAACAUGAACGACCAGAUGAUCUCACUGCACUCUUAUUGGCAGCCAAGAUAUGUAGUGAGGAUUCAAGUUUAGCUGCUGAGGGAGUGGAAUAUGCACGGAGGACAAUUAAUAAUGCUCAGGGAAUUGAUGAGCACAUAAAGGGUGUGGGUCUUCGCAUGUUGGGCCUUUGUUUGGGAAAGCAGGCUAAAGUAUCUUCUUCUGACUUUGAGAGGUCUCGUCUUGAAUCUGAAGCAUUGAAGUCAUUAGAUGAGGCUAUUGCUUUGGACCACAAGAAUACGGACUUGAUUUUUGAGUUGGGUGUUCAACGUGCAGAGCACCGAAAUUUGGAUGCUGCUUUACAAUAUGCGAAGAAGUUUCUUGAUGAAACAGGCGGAUCCAUAUUAAAAGGUUGGAGAUUACUUGCUCUGGUUUUUUCUGCCCAACAGCAACUCACAGAUGCUGAGGUUGUCACUGAUGCUGCUUUAGAUGAGACUACAAAAUGGGAACAGGGACCACUUCUCAGGGUGAAAGCAAAGCUAAAGGUCUCCCAGUCACUACUCACAGAUGCUAUUGAGACUUAUCGUUACAUCCUUGCAUUAGUUCAAGCCCAGAGGAAAUCUUAUGGGCCCCUUAGAAAGUUUACUCAGGUUGAGGAUGAUAAAGUCAAUGAGUUUGAAGUUUGGCAUGGUCUGGCAAAUUUAUACUCUAGUAUUUCUCAUUGGAAGGAUGUGGAGAUAUGUUUGGGAAAAGCCAAAGAGCUGAAACGGUACUCUGUCGAAGCUCUGCACACUGAAGGUAUAAUGUGGGAAGGUCGUGGGCAGAUCGAAGAAGCUUCAGCUGCUUAUAUUAAUGGCCUUUUACUAGAACCUUGUUAUGUUCCUUGCAAAGUUUUGAUUGGUGCUCUGAUGUCAAAAAUGGGCCCUAUGGCAUUGCCUGUGGGAAGAAGCUUGCUAUCAGAUGCAUUGAGGAUUGAUCCUACUAACCAUAUGGCUUGGUAUUACCUGGGGAUGGUUUACAGGGAUGAUGGACGAAUAGCUGAUGCUGCAGAUUGCUUCCAGGCAGCUUCCAUGCUUGAAGAAUCGAAUCCCAUUGAAAGCUUUGGCUCUAUAUUUUGACAGAUCGAGCUCCCGUCUCUUAAAAGUUUAGAUUUCUUUACUUGAAAUUUUAAAAUUUAUUUGUUGGGAAAUUCAUUUUUAUUUUACUUCGAUUUUCUACAAAGAAAUUGACAACCAUGCUCGGGGAUGGGAUUGGUUUUGCUAAUGUGUCACAUUUUCUGUUUUGGAUACUUUUUUUUGUUGUUGUUUUGACUCCAUGACAAAGACACAAGGCAAAAGUUGAAGGAGAAACCAUGUUGUUGUCAGUUCAUCCAAAUAAGAUAAGGAAAGAAGUGACCCGGUUUGAUAGUCGGAUGAAUGAAUUGAAGGAGCUUCGAGUAGUGAAGAUGGGUUACGAAGAUGUAUUUAUUGAUGCAUUUGCAAUUGUUUCUGAGCUGUGCAAAUCUAUCUUGUGUAAGUGAGCAGCUAUAUUAAAAGAAAUUAAUAGAUUCAUUUUUUUUUUU